AUGGCGAGCCAUCCUUCCCCUAGUCCACCUGGCAAUGCUGGAGUCAAUUACAAACGCGCGAGCCGCAGAGGUGCGCCCCGACGCUUCGUCUGCGAGCAUCCAGGGUGCGAGAAGUUGUACUCAAGAGCCGAGCAUCUUCAAAGACACCAGCUGAACCAUAACCCCAAAGAGAUCUUCAUCUGCGAUAUAUCAGGCUGCGAUCAAAAGUUCGUUCGCGCUGACCUGCUGUCGCGUCACAAGAAGCGCCACUCGUCAUCGUACAUCCCUCGCAAUCGCGCGCCCAGUUUCGCCUCUGCGGCAUCUGGCACGCAGUCUGUUCCGACCGUGUCAUCGCCGACUUCGGGCCCACUAACCCGGCUGGCGUUUCCUCAACCUUCAACGAGCGGCCCCCACGAUGCCGCCAUCUUGCUGACUCCGGACUCUGCUACGCCCACGCCGACAACUGGUGCAUCGAAUCCGUCCUUGGUUCAGCAUGUUCCAAGGAUCAGUCAAACUGCGACCUGGCCGUCCAUUGAUGACAUGGCUGUGGACAUGGGGCGCUCGAAAUCCACCUACUACGGACGUGAUCAGGUUUCCUUGCCUGAAGCCCCGCCACUCAUGUCAUCUUUUGACCCGAGAGGAUUUCAGCCUGACGAGACACUUUCAAGGGAAAACUUUGCCGGUUGGCUAUUCGAUGCACAAGCAGGCUUUGGUGAUUUCAACGGCAUCACUAACCUACCCUUUCUCGAAGGUGGCCUUGAGUCGACCUUCAACAAUAACAUUCACUACGACUACGAGUCACUGACGAGCCGCUCACAACUAGACCCUACCCCACCUCGGCAAGUUGAGGUCAGCGACGAACUCAUCAGCGAGCAUCGGCGGCAGGAGGUCCUCAGAUGGUUAAAGAUUUUCCGACAUAAGCAGCCCAAAUACGAGCCGCGUAUAGUAAGCCUUGUACAGGAGAGCGGUGGAGACUUACCUGCUCUGAAUCUUGAAAUGAUGAGAGAUUGCUUGCAGGAAUACUGGAAGAGAAUAUCUCCACGCUUGCCGAUCGUUCAUCAGCCAACAUUUUCGUCGAAUCGCUGCUCCAUCUUCCUUUUGAUGGUUAUGAUUGCUUUGGGAGCUGCAUCCUUGAGCAGCAGAGAUGCGACCGGGAACUUGGAACAGUAUGGCGGCCUCGCAGAUGUGAUCAUUUCCAGCAGCCGAUGGGAAAUCUUGACUCACGAGGAAGCAUCGCCGCCGGUGGGCCUAUCUAUAUCCCAGGCUCUUCUGCUGCUCGAAUUCUACGAGAAGAUGUUCUCCUCUAGACGUAUGCACGAGAGAGCGCACAUAUACCACUCGGCGACUUUGACUCUCCUACGGAGAGGAAGCCCUCUUAUCGGAAGAGGAGGAAGUGAAUCGCCUCCAGAAGAAGCGGCCCCAUUAUCGAACGACGGGCCCUCGUCAGACUCGAGAACGUGGUGGAUCCGAUGGGCCGAUAGCGAAUCGAUGCAUCGUGUAGUUUUUGCGGCCUUUAUGAUGGACACCAUCCACGCAGCUUUGUUUGGCCACAACGCAGACAUGGCUCCCCACGAGAUCCGGCUUCCCUUGCCCUGCGACGAUGGUCUGUGGACCGCCGCGACCCCAAACGCCUUCCGACAACUGGACGGAAACUACAGAAUGUACGGCAUCAAGCAGGUGUCAUUCCUUGAUGGCCUCAAAAGUGCUUUGCAUGGACAAGAAGUCAAGACCCAUACGUUUGGACGCAUGAUUAUAAUGUCGGGACUACUGAGCGUCGGAUGGCACCUGUCUCGUCGGGAGUCUCACCUCAAGUGGCUCGACCUGCGCCCACCCAGCACAGAAACGCACGACAGCUGGAAAAAGAUCCUUUUCAGCGCUUUCGACGAGUGGAAGGAGUCCUUUGAUAACGCUGUUGGUGCAAACGACACAUCCGAAGGGCCCGGACAGCCAUCGAGCUCCAACGGACCUAUCCACUCCGCCGCUGUUCUCUACCACCUGGCCCAUAUCAGCCUUCACGUAGAUAUCGUCGAUUGCCAGGUGUACGCCGGCGUAAAGCGUUUAGUCGGUCGCAAAGUCUCCACGCGCGAUCAUGCCAACGCUGUAGCGAGAAUGAGGACCUGGUCGAAUGCUCCAUCUACCCCACACGGCGUUUUACACGCCUUCAAACUGCUUUAUCGGGUUCUCGUAGACCAAAAAAAUCCGAAACGGCGGACGAGCAACUUCGGACCCCUGCCUGAAUCGGUCUCUGCCUUUUACUCCUGCCGCAGCGAGUCGGAUCCCCAUCGGCCGUGGAUCGUGUACUAUGCGACCUUGACGAUUUGGUCCUUUGUACAAGCCAUGGGUCUACCCAACAAGAACGCGCCAUCGGGAAGAAAUAGCGACAUUGCUCGCUACUUGGCACAUUUUGCGAGUCUAGAGGAACUGGACGAGGAAUCUAUGCGGAACCUUAAUGAGAGGUUACCGGAACUGCUUGACUUGAUGAAGAUGAGCCUUGAGCAGUCUCACUCAGAGCUCCUGAGGGAAGCUAGUGAAAGGCUCAAACUUUGCCGCGAGAUGCUAAGAUGA